AGCCGAAAGACGUGGCGUUUUGCAUUAGUUCUCCUCUGCCCCUUCGACCGACCGCAUAAUAAACCUCUUUCCCGCCAUUUCUCUCACCUCCCCUCGCAACCCACUCAGUUGAUGUUUUCACUCCGCUCCUACAGCCGCCGUGUGACACGCAUCAGUUUCUCCCGUAAUUUUACCGGAGUAUUUUCAAUCUCGUUCACGUUAAACCUCCCAAAGUCCUUCUCUUCGAAACCCAUAUUCCUCUUUACUCAGUCAAACCCUAGCUCCAAAAUAAUGUCUUCCUCUCGGCCCUCAGCUUUUGAUGUCCUCAUGUCCAAUGCUUCCAAGAAAAAACAGAUGUCAUCCAAAACCCAACAGCAAUCCUCCCCCAGAAAACGCAAAAACCCAGUUGAAAGUUCUCAAAAUCCCAAUAUAAACCCAAAGAAUAAUUCUCAAAAUCCCAUUUCCGACCCAGCUGAAAAUGAUGCAAAACAAGACGAAUUAAGCACCAAAGACUCACAUUCUGACCAAAUUGAAACUGCCCAUGUUGAGAGUUUGUUGAAGAAUGGUGGAAAAACCACUCUUGAUUCAACUGCAGAUGAAAAUUCUUCUAUUUCCCAAAGUGGAAAAAAGGAUAAAAUAACAGGUCCAAAGAAAAGUUUUGAUUCGGAUAAAGGCUUAAAGGUGGCAAAGAAAGCCAAGGUGUUGAUUAGUCCAGAUGAGAGUGUAGCAGAGUUGCGGAAGAAGGCAGCUAGUUUUGAUGUGAAGAGGGCCGCGUAUUGGGGGCAGGGAGAGAGGAUUCCAUUUAUGUUUGUGGUGAAAGCUUUUGACGCAAUAUCGAAGGAGUCAGGCAGGAUUGCAAUCACGGAGAUCGUGUGUAAUAUGUUAAGGACUGUAAUUGAGACGACACCAGAUGACUUGGUGGCAGUUGUAUACCUCCUGGCGAACAGGAUUGCAUCUGCACAUGAAGGUCUGGAGCUUGGGAUUGGGGAUGCUUCAAUUAUCAAGGGGCUUGCAGAGGCUUGUGGGACUAAGGAAGCACACAUUAAGAAGCAAUACAAGGAGCUUGGAGAUUUAGGUCUUGUUGCAAAAGCAAGCCGUUCAUCACAGCCUUUGAUGCGCAAACCAGAAGCAUUAACUGUUACCAAAGUGUUUGAAACAUUCCGACUUAUUGCUAAGGAGUCUGGGAAGGAUAGCCAGGAAAAGAAAAAGAAUCACAUAAAGGCUUUACUUGUUGCAGCCACUGAUUGUGAACCUCAAUAUUUGAUACGCCUACUCCAGACAAAAUUGCGCAUUGGUUUGGCAGAACAAACUCUCUUGGUUGCACUGGGGCAUGCUGCAGUGUACUCUGAGAAGCAUUCUUCUCCUCCUGGAAAUGUCAAUAAUCCUCUAGAAGAGGCAGCAAAAAUUGUGAAACAAGUAUACUCUGUUAUUCCUGUGUACGAUAAAAUAGUUCCUACUCUUCUUGCUGCGGGUGUGUGGAAUCUCCCAAAGACAUGUAACUUUUCACCAGGUAUUCCAGUUGGACCCAUGUUGGCUAAACCAACUAAAGGAGUAUCAGAAAUUGUAGAGAAGUUUCAUGACAUAGAGUUCACCUGUGAAUACAAGUAUGAUGGAGAACGUGCUCAGAUACACUACAUGGAGAAUGGUUUAGUGGAGAUAUACAGUCGAAAUGCAGAACGAAAUACUGGAAAGUUUCCUGAUGUUGUUGCUGCUAUUACAAGAUUGAAGAAACCUUCUGUAACAUCAUUUGUUCUCGACUGUGAACUUGUUGCGUACGACCGUGAGAAACAGAAAAUCCUGCCUUUCCAGGUACUCAGUACGCGUGCCCGUAAAAAUGUUGUCAUGAGCGAAAUCAAAGUUAAUGUUUGCGUAUUUGCUUUUGAUAUCUUGUAUCUCAAUGGACAACAACUUCUACAAGAGCAACUUGACGUUCGUAGAGAGCAUCUUUACAAGUCUUUUGAUGAAGAAUGCAGUUUCCUCCAGUUUGCAACUGCUAUAACAUCAAAUGAUCUCGAGGAAAUACAAAAGUUUCUUGAAGAUUCAGUUGAUUCUAGUUGCGAGGGGUUGAUCAUCAAGACUUUGAAUAAAGAUGCUACGUAUGAGCCGUCGAAACGGUCUAAUAAUUGGUUAAAACUGAAAAAGGAUUACAUGGAUAGUAUUGGUGACUCUCUGGAUUUGGUACCAAUUGGUGCUUUCCAUGGACGGGGAAAACGCACUGGUGUGUAUGGUGCCUUUCUGCUUGGUUGUUACGAUACUUCCAAAGAGGAAUUUCAAAGCAUUUGUAAAAUUGGUACUGGAUUUUCAGAAGCAAUGCUUGAAGAACGUUCUGCCAGCCUUCGCUCUAAAGUUAUUCCCAAGCCAAAGUCAUAUUACAGGUAUUCUGAUUCAAUCACUCCAGAUGUAUGGUUUGAACCCAUUGAGGUUUGGGAGGUUAAAUCUGCAGAUCUGACUAUCAGCCCAGUUCAUCGUGCUGCUAUUGGAAUUGUGGAUCCUGAUAAGGGAAUUUCACUGCGAUUUCCACGGUUACUUCGUGUCCGAGAAGAUAAGAAUCCUGAGGAGGCAUCAUCAUCGGAUAUGAUCGCGGAGAUGUAUACUGCUCAGAAGCACAAUCAACGAGACAAUCAAGAUGAAAAUGAGGAUGAUUGAGAAGAAAAUUUUCUGUCUAUAAUUUCAAGAAACGGCAUCCAUUGUGCAGAUUAAUGUCGUUCACUUGUGUAAGUUGGUUCUCUCCGAGUGUGAUAUUCCCUAGCCGGAUUGGCUAUGGGUGUCAAAAUUACUGGUAUAGACAUUCUAAUAUGCUGCAAAUUUUGUCAAAUUGUAUUGAAAAUUAUGUACCCCUAUUGAGUCAAUUAUGUCUUCUAACCGUUGCCGCCUAUUGUCAUUUGGUGGCCAACUUUUUUCUACUACAUAAUGUUUGUUGUAUGCCAUUAAAGAGCAAUUUUGAGAUUAGAAUGUGAAAGCGAAUCAUUGUACAUUCAAGUCUGAUUAUUCAGUGGGCUUUUGCCAUGAAAAAUGCUUUUCUAA